GCAUGGUGCCGACUCGGUCUAUCACAUGCUGAAAAUGAGCAUGACUCCAAGGCCAUUGCAGCGUUCAACAAUUGCCUCAAGAUUCAGCCAAACAAUGAGGAGGCUCGUGUAGAAGAGCGAUUCUUGACUGCAGCACGACAACAAGCUGGCACUGCGGACGCCGAUCUACAGAAUGCCCUCGGAAUACUGUAUAAUUUGAGUAGAAAUUAUGAGCGGGCAGUGGAGUGCAUGAAACUCGCCAUCGCAAGUAGACCAGAGGAUGCCCGAUUAUGGAAUCGUCUGGGCGCCACAUUGGCCAACGGUGAUCGUACUCCAGAAGCAGUAGCGGCAUAUAGAGAAGCACUACAGCGAUAUCCGCUCUAUGUGAGAGCUCGAUAUAAUCUCGGUAUCAGUUGUCUGCACCUCCAAAGCUACAGAGAGGCCGUGGAACAUUUCGUGUCAGCGUUGGAAUUACAAAAAGGCGGCAAAGAAAGCUCGUCCAUUUGGCCUACGCUGCGUUCGGCAACCAUAAGAAUGCGUGGCGCUCCAAUGGAUCUGUUGCCUGCACUGGAUCGACGGGAUCUGAACGCUUUCAAAGCAGCGUUA